GUAUUUAAAAACACUCUAGCCUAUCAAGCAAACAUCGCCUUCUACUUCUCUCAAAUCCACUAUCUUUUUUUCUCUUUCUCUCUCGCCCUGUUUGUGUUUUUCACUGUUCCUUUUUGCUCCUUAAUUCGCUUUCUGUUCGAGGAACGAUCACAUUCAGCGAACUUAUUUAUUUAUUUCGUUUUCUCGUUUUCCAGUAUUUACAAACCUUAAAAAAACUCUCACUAGUCGAAAAUAACAAAACGAAGACUCCGUCAUCUUUGUGUCUCCCCCUGCAGUUAGUUAUCUUCUACUAUCAUCUCUUUUUUCUUCGUUUUUUCCAACCUUCCCCCCCCUCUCUCUCUAUAUAUCGAUUUUGCGUAGAGGUAUAGCCACUGCAGAGCCCAAUCUCCUCUCUCUCUUUCUCCCACAAACAAACACAUUUUGUUGGCCUUCUGGCUUUUUACCUGUGCUUGCUUUUGGAUCAGCAAAGUUCCUCUCAGUUGUCUUCGUACAUUUCCUUCUUCUCUUCCUCUCGCGCGAUGCCUCGCUCCAUGACAGGAAAGGGACGUCACGUCUCCUACAACGCCGAAGGUGAGCUGUGCAUGACGGUGGUGGACCCAGUCACUCGCAAGCUGCUGAUCCCCAAGCAGUACAUCUUCGACACCCGUGCGCAACAGCGCGGCACCCUACCGUCCCUGUGCCAACUGUUCCUCUCCGGCCGGUGCCGCCAAGGACAGGGCUGCUACCAGGUGCACGCUGACUGGCAGGCCGUUCAGCGGCUGCGUGCACAGGUCGACAGCCUCCCUUGCUGUUGCCCGGGCCACGGCGACAAGGACCACCUCGGCGUGAUGGAAAACGCCCCUCUGCGCGACGUCAUCGGCACCGCGGCGGGGCACCAUCAUCACAACGCACAUCUGAACUGCUACGGCACCACCGCUGUCAACGCGGCGGACGAGUCGGACGUGUGCGCUCGCGACGUCGUCGUCUUCGUGCCCGGCUGCUCCACCUACGAGGGAAGCUACGUGCCACUGGAGCGACUGAGUUACACGAUUGGUCUGCGCCGCCUGCUGGAGGAGCAACAGGUGCUCGCGGCGCCGCUCAACGCCCACGUCAGUCUGCUGAACCCCGAGACUGGGUUUCCAGAGGAUAAGAUCGUGGCCGACGCGUCCGGCUCCACGGUGUGCCGCCUGCACGCGAUGGACCGCUGCCGCUACGCCGAGGAGUGCAAGUUUCUGCACCUCUGCAAGGAACUGACGACCGUCGACCCGCAGCUCACGGCGUCGCCAUCGCCGAUCGCCGGCGAGUGCGCUCCGAAUUGCUCGUUCGACGCGAGCAUCACGAGCGCCGGCAUGAGUGCGACGACGGUUAUCGGCGCCUCUGCGACUUCGAUCGAGCGCCGCGGCAAGAACGCACACAGCGCCGCGGCCGCCGCACAGCGCCAGUCCGUCUUCACCUCUAUCAGCAUGCAGCAACAUCAGCAGCAGUCCUCGCCUGUCCUCGCCGGUGGCGGCAACAGCUUCGCCGGCCGCCCGCUGCUGGUGCCGCAGCGGGAGGAGGUCAGCGCGGGUGCCGGUGCGGCCGGCAUGCAGAGCCACGCCAUCCCCUUCCUGCCCAAGAGCCCCUCGUGCUACCACGCCGCGACAAACGCGACGGCGACGCCGCCGAGUGCAGCGGUGCUGCCGACGGACGCCUUGAUGGGGCCGAACGUGGCGGUGAUCGCCGGCAUGGGCAGCUUCCCCGGUGCUAACAACAGCCACAACUCACCAACGAUGAUGGCCAACAUGUACACACCGAGCAACGGCCGCGUCCGCGUUACGUUCAGCCUGCCGACGGUGAACUCGUUCCCGCACGUGCCUCACGCUGUGCACUUCGACUCGCCAAACAGUUCCGAUAAGAGGUCAACGCCGACCGAUGAGACGCUGGCUGUCAUGGGCGGCGGCUGCGCCGGGGUGGGUGGCGCGAACUCGCCGGGCAACUGCGGCCUGCCGCGGUCCCUGCCGCAGGGCUGCAGUGCCUCGCCGAAUCCCUCUUGCUGGCACCACAACCCCUACGGCCCUUUCUUGGCGAAGUGCGAUGUGCCAACCGCCAGCAGCUACGGCAGUCAGAUGUGCAUGAAUAGUCAUCAUAGCUCUGGCGGCCUUCUUAAUGCCAUGACGCGCUAG